GAAGAUGCUGAAGAUGUGCGGGGAGACAGAAGAGAAGUUGGCCCAGGAGCUCAUCCAGUUUGAGUUCCAGAUAGAGAGAGAUGUGGUGGAACCUCUCUAUGUGCUCGCUGAGGUGGACAUUCCCAACAUCCAAAAACAGAGGAAGCACUUAGCUAAACUUGUAUUGGACAUGGACUCCGCUAGAACAAGAUUUCAUCAGUCAUCAAAAUCAUCCAGUCACCCGAGCACGCUGCAGCCCGGCGCCAAGUCCGAGUCCCUCAGAGAAGAGAUGGAGGAGGCAGCCAAUCGGAUGGAGAUUUGUAGGGAUCAAUUGUCAGCAGAUAUGUACAGUUUUGUGGCCAAAGAAAUAGACUAUGCAAAUUACUUUCAGACAUUGAUAGAAACGCAGGCAGAAUAUCACAGGAAGUCAUUAGAGAUUCUUCACAGUAUCCUGCCCCAGAUUAAAGCUCACCAAGAGGCGUGGGUGGAGAAGCCGUCGUUUGGCAAAGCUCUGGAGGAACACCUGAAUAUUAGUGGGAGAGAGAUUGCCUUCCCCAUCGAAGCAUGUGUCACAAUGCUGUUAGAGUGUGGCAUGCAGGAAGAGGGCCUCUUCAGAGUGGCUCCGUCAGCCUCCAAGCUGAAGAAGCUGAAAGCAUCCCUGGACUGUGGAGUUUUGGAUGUGCAGGAGUACUCCUCCGACCCGCACGCCAUCGCAGGGGCUCUAAAAUCAUACCUCCGUGAGCUCCCCGAGCCACUGAUGUCCACUGAACUUUAUGAUGAAUGGAUCCAGGCCUCAAACGUUCAAGAUAUGGACAAGAGACUACAAGCAUUAAUGGCAGUGUGUGAAAAACUCCCUACAGACAACUUGAACAAUUUCAGAUAUCUAAUCAAAUUCUUAGCCAAGCUAAGCGACUACCAAGACGAAAACAAGAUGACACCUGGUAACAUGGCGAUUGUUCUCGGCCCUAACUUGCUUUGGACCCACACUGAACCAAACAUGACAGAGAUGAUGACCACCCUGUCCCUGCAGAUUGUUGGCAUCAUUGAGCCGAUUAUUCAGCAUGCUGACUGGUUCUUCCCUGGAGAGAUUGAAUUCAACUUGACAGGCAGCUACGGCAGCCCGAUCCACACCAACCACAACUCCAACUACAGCUCCAUGCCCUCACCCGACAUGGACCAAUCUGAUCGCAAGCAGCCACACGACCAGAGCCGACGCCCACUGAGCGUCGCCACUGACAACAUGAUGCUGGAGUUUUACAAGAAGGAUGGCAUUAGGAAGAUACAAAGUAUGGGCGUCCGGGUCAUGGAUACCUCCUGGGUGUCUCGUAAGGGUUCAGCCACACUGACGCGUAAGACCUCCUCCACGCCUCCAGGCAUGCAGGGCCCCGGCUCUCCCGCAGACACUCUCAUCCCAGAGCAACCCGGAGAAUUCUCCACCUCCCCGUCCACGACACCGCCACCUGCAGAAAGGGUCUGCUCUGACAACGUGUCGCCCAAUCGGCCGGACACCUCUCAUGCCCACGCACCCCCAGGGGAGGACCGGCCCCCCCCUUACCCCAUCUCCUCGUGCCACACUGCCCCCCACCUCUUCUAUCCCAAGCCCCCGCCCUGCGCUCGCCCUGUGGCUCCGGGUCCAGAGUCCCAGCCCCCCUCUCCCCCGCCCCCACUGCGCUGGUCUGGCUUUACUCCCCCAGCCCCACCCCCUUCCUCCUCUUCUUCCUCCUCCUCCUCGUCACUCGACAUCAAUUCGAACCCCAAACCCAGCUGUCUGCAUUUCCCCAAGCACAGCCCGCCUGGCGACAUGUCGCAUGCUCCCCCACCAGACACUAAUGCUUCCCCACUCUACAUGAAAACCUCCUUGGUACUAGCCCGCCAUGACCAGUCCCUUGGCAACCCCCCUAGCCUCCCUUCGUCCGCGCCCCCACCCCCGCCGUGGGCUGCCUGUCCAUGUGCCCGAGAGAGAGGACCCCCCAGGCUGACUAGUUCAUUGAAGAGUAAAGAGCUCUCUCCUGUAAUUGGACACAAAGGCAUCCAGGUGGCAGGUCCAACUGUCCCCCCCAGCUGUAGUCCUCAGAGCAGUACCCACUCCCUCCACUCCACAGAGCACAGUCCACACACCCUGCGCAAAGGUUCCAAGAAGUUGGCCCCUGUGCCUCCCAAGGUCCCUUACAGCCAGUCCUGCGGGAUGUCCGACCAGUCCACAGGUCAGCCGUCACCGGUCAGCCUGUCCCCCACACCUCCUAGCACCCCCUCCCCUUAUGGACUGACCUGCCCUCCGGGUCAAGUGCCCCCAUCCUCCCCUGGGCAGACCCCAUUAGGGGCGCCCCACUCCAUUUCGUCCCCACCCUCCCUGACCGGAACGCUCACCAAGUCGCGGCCCGCCCCUAAACCCAGGCAGAGACCCAGUCUGCCCCCUCCUCAGCCGCCCACAGCCCCCCUGGGGUUCACUGGCCCGCCCAUGGCCCCAGUGCCCCAGCCCCUGGAGCAGGGCCUCCUGGAUGGACUGUCUCCCGGGGAGAGCAUGUCUACAGCAGAUAUCUUCAAUUAUGAAAUCCCCUCCAUCAAUGUCAAUCUGGACAGCCUCAUCGAUGAGUUCAGCGGGGCCCCUUGCAGGAGGUCCGUGGCAGUGACAGACUCUCCAGAGGGGGACGCUGUGCCUGAGGAGGAGCCACAGAGCACCACUCUAUGACCUAUGACCCUAAGGCAUCACAGCUUACCAGCACCCCUGUGGCUGUACAUACUCUUAACUGUCGCCACCAAGGCCUGAUGGAAACACCAUUUGGCCUCACCAAUGCCCACCUGAAACCAGAACUCGAACACAUCUGCUACAGGCUGCAAAGAAACUAAUCUCUUACAAUUGCUCGCUAGUACAUAAAUGUGACUACAAAAAAAACACCAAAAUGCCAUAGUUGAGGAACAGUUGCCUUUGGGAGGAAAGACUGGAAUAUAGAUGAGUAUACCAUUAAGAUUUUUUUAUUUAUUUGUUGUUUUUUUGCUUUGCUUUGUUCAUCUGUUUGAUUGAUGCAGUGGUCUGUAUUUCUGUGAGUUUUCCUAUUUAUUUUUUUGCCUUAUUAGAAAAUGCAAUCAAAUUGCAAUAUGAUAUUCACAAGUUGUGCAACUUUUGCUAAGGGAAACUCAGAGCCUGACAUAGUUAGGAGCAAAGCCCAUCCUCAGGGUGAAACAGAGAGACUGAGAGUAGUCUUGCUAUAUUGCUCACAGGGUAUUCAAGCUUUGUGCACUAUAGGAAAAUGCUGAGUCGUACAGACAGGUUUUGCAUGCAGGGUGAAACAUUUAAUGCAGUUUACUUCUUAUUGUCACUCCCAGUCUUUACUUCAGCGCUUCUAUCACAUAUUACAACUGUAGUUCUUUAUCUGACGUUUACCUUCACACAGGUAAGCUCACUUUAACUCACUUUAACUCACAUACCAGCACAGUAUGAGAAGAAUGUUACUGUAAAUUCAAUUUUUUUGACAAAAGCACCACGAUGUGUUUGCAUGACAAGCCAAUAUGAACGGACUGGUUCAGAUCAAGGGCCUCAGAAUGGCAGUGUUUUAUUUUGUGUGAGUGUUUCUGUUGUUGUUGUUAUUGUUGUUGUCCUUGGAGUACAUUAAGACCACCCAUGUGCUGUUACUGCUUGAUGAGAAUGGAUGGAUGACUACACUGCCUUUAGGUUCGUAUGAUUCUCUCUCCUAACUUUGUUUCAAGUGCUUCAGGUUCAGUGACCUUUGACCCCCUAGUGUAAAUACAA